UGAAACAUCUCUCAAAUUUCUAACAAACUGUAAAAUAAAAUGCUUAAUGAAUAAGAAAAGGAUGAAGAACGGAGGCAAUACCCUGGAUAACUUGUAACGCCUUCUUGUUUCUGCUACGCGUACAACGAAACCAUAUUUCAGCAAAAAUCCAUCUUCUCUAUCGGAUUUGCUUCGCUAAUUCUUGAUUCAGAAUCGUCUGAUUAAUUCCCCUCAAAAAAAAAAAAAAAAAGAAUCUUCUGAUUAAUCCUCAAUGUUCAGAUUCUGGGGAUCUCAAGACCAGGGAUCACAAUCUCGUCCACAAGAUGUCCCUGCGCAGUCAUGGUAUCCUCCUUCUGUAGUCGAUUCCCCAAGUUCUUCUCGACCCUCGACACCUGGUAACAAUUCAUCCAGCAGUUACAAUCUACAAAGGCCAUCGGAAACGCCAGAUUCUGGCUCACAUGUCUCACCUGCUGAAGCUUCUGGAAUUAUUUUUGCACUUAGGGACAAGAGUGCUGAUGACUUACGGAAGCUUUUGACCGACAAGGAGGCCUACAAUCAUUUUCUACUCUCUCUUGAUCAAGUAAAGACUCAAAACAAUGUACGAGAUGAAUUGCGAAAGGCAACUCUCCAGCUUGCGAGAGAGAAUUUGGAGAAGGAACCACAGAUUAUGGAGCUUAGGAAUCAGUGCAGGAUCAUCCGCACAAGUGAGUUAGCUGAUGCUCUAGAGAAAUUGAACGACUUGGAGAGGCAAAAAGAAAAGAUAAUGAAGUGCUUUGCUCCAGCAUCACUUCUGCAUCAGUUGCAAGAGGCGAUGAAUAAAACGGAUGAGGAUUCUGAAGCCCUUCAUAGCCAGUUCCUGGACAAGGAGAUUGAGCUGGGGGUAUUCAUCCAGAAAUACAAGAAAUUACGUUCUCUAUAUCAUCGUCGAGCGCUUACCCAUCUUGCAGCCAAGACAUCUUCAGUUGGAUGACCUAGUUUGUCCUCUCAAUGUGUACUGCGACGUUGAUGUGCUCUGUACUAUCUCGGUGUAUUGCUGUUCUCUGAUUAGCUGAUAUUUGUAUUGGGAAGGGGGAGGGAGGGGGGAGUUGGAUGUGUAAGUUCAUUUUUUCCUUCUUGAUGUUCAUAAACACCUCUCCUCUGGAUUGAGCAGGGAGGAAAGGGUGUGUUUGAAGUUUGAAUAUAGUAACGAAUCAUAGUUGGUUCUCAUUUACCAAAAAGAAAAAGAAGGGAGAAGUCAGUAUAGCUAGUGACUCAUGACGACGGGAAGUAUAUAUUUAGUUUUCCCUGAUAUAUCUAUUGAAUUGUUUGUUUCUUA